AUGCGUUUCACCACCGCCAUUGUCACCGGCCUCUGCGCCGUCGUUGCCGCUGCCCAGUCCUCUGAUAGCGCCGCCACCACCACCAGCGCCUCGCUCUCUCCCACUGCCUCCUGCCUGGCCAAGUGUGACGCCGGCGACGUGACGUGCGCCGCCGCCUGCGUUGGCACCGCCCACCCCAAUGAGAGCAACGCCAACGAGACGACCGAGUGCAUGGCCAAGUGCGACCAGGGUGACGGCUCUCCCUCUGCUGCCUCGGCCUACGCCGACUGCGAGCAGUCGUGCAUCUCGUCCUACUUCCCCAUUGGCAGCUCUGGCGCCGCUGCUGGCACCGCCACCAACACUGCUGCCUCUACCUCUGCCACGGCUACCGGCGGCUCCAGCUCUUCUUCCUCGGGCUCUUCUGGCUCUUCUGGGUCCGGUUCUUCUGCUUCCGGCACCGCUGCUGAGACCGGCUCUUCCUCUACCGCUAGCGGCUCUGCUGCUGCCUCCACUUCUGACAGCGCUGCCAACAGCAACCUGCAGCUUGGCAUCUCUGCUGCUGGCGCUGCCGGCAUCUUCAUUGCCGCCCUUGCCCUCUCGCAAGCGCCGCCAAAUUCCUCCACCAUGUCUUCCGCCGACCCUUUCGAUAGCGCUCUCGACCUCCUCCGCCGCCUUAACCCUAAGGACACGGCCAAGAACGUCGACCGCCUUUGCCAGCUCGCCCCCUCGCUCACUGAAGACCUGCUCGAGUCCGUCGACGUGCCUCUUGCCGUCAAGCGUUGCACCAAAAGCAAGCGUGACUUCCUGUGCUGCGACUACAACCGCGAUGGUGACAGUUGGAGGAGUCCGUGGAGCAACGAGUUCGAGCCCCCGCUGGAGGACGGCGAGGGGGUCGUGCCUAGCGAGCGCGUGAGGAAGAUGGAGCUCAAGGCUAACGAGGCCUUUGACGUCUACCGGGAGCUGUACUACGAGGGUGGCAUCUCGAGUGUGUACCUAUGGGACAUGGAGGAUGGCUUCGCGGGCUGCGUGUUGCUGAAGAAGUCCGUCUCGCCAUCCAGCAAGACUACCGGUGGGUGGGAUAGCAUACACGUCUUCGAAGCCCUUGACCGCGCUCGCACUGCCCACUACAAGCUCACCAGCACUGUCAUCUUGAACCUCGGUACCGAUGGCAACGACCUAGGAUCAUUGGAUCUCAGCGGAAACAUGGUUCGCCAGGUGGAACAGGAUAUGCCUGUGGACGACGAUACGUCGCACGUUGCCAACAUUGGCAAGAUGGUAGAAGAAAUGGAGCUUAAGAUGCGCAACCUGCUGCAGGAGGUCUACUUCGGCAAGGCAAAGGACGUUGUCGGCGAUCUUCGGAGCAUUGCUUCCUUGAGUGAAACGAACCGCGACAGAGCUACGCACAAGGAGAUGAUCAGCAGCAUGGGCGGUGGACGGUAA